UCACUUUUUUCCAGCACCUGUGUCGUCAUGUAAAGACAUUUACGAGAAGACAAGCCAUCGAAGAGACAUGGCCUAUACUUUCGUCAUCCAAGGCCAACAGACUGACGUAUUUUGUCACAUGACUGAAAUAACUGGCUGUGGUACUGGAGGAUGGACGCUGACAAUGAAAAUCGACGGCGCAAAAGAUACGUUCGGUCACAGUUCAUCGUACUGGUCAAACAAGAUUGCUUACAACCAGACAGCAGGUAAAACAGGUUUUGAUUCCAUGGAGACAAAGAUGCCGAGCUACUGGGGAGUAUCAUUCAGUGCAAUAUGUGUUGGAUUUACUGUGAAUGGUGUCACCAACUUUGCAACUAUUCCUUACACGGCAACGUCACUCCAUGACGUUAUUGCAAGUGGAAGUCAAAGGGCGGUUGCUUUGCUUGGAAAGUCAAAAUGGCAAUCUAUGAUUGCAGGUACAUCAAUGCAACCGUACUGCAACAGAGAAGGAUUUAAUUUGCAACUAGUGCGUAUUGGAAUAAUGACCAACAAUGAAAACGACUGUGGUUCCACAGAUAGCUUUAUUGGCUAUGGAGGGAGUGUCGGCGUGUAUUGUGGCAACAGAUGUUAUCUUUCUUGUAGUAAUGGAGACAAAGCUAUUGCUGCUGUAGGGUACAUUCUAGUCAAGUAG